AAAAGAAACCCAGGAAUGGAAUACAGCUGCCUGCCUCCCCCCUUGCUCCAAGAAAGAAACGGGAAGCCAAAUCUCCUGCAACUUCCCCCCUCUCCGCCGGCCUCCUCCGCCCUUCCUCCGACGACCCCCGGAGCUCAACCAAGCAUUGACAUGGAUUCCGGUAACACGCAGACAGAAGGUUCCCAGCCACCCGUUCCUAAAAACCCUGCCAUGACGUCGUGCCGGAAGAAGAAGACCGAUGAUGAUGUCACCUUCCUUGAAGAUGUGAAAGAACACAUCGACGAGUUCAUCAAUGCAUCCAUGGAUGAGCACAAGACCUGCUUCAAGAAGACCAUUCAGAAGAUGUUUGGGAUGUCGAAGGCUGUCGCCGAGCGGUCUGCUGCUGCCAAGGAAGCUGAAGUCGAAAGCGCUUUGCCCCUUCAGACCAGUGUGUCCCAGUAGUAGAAGAAUGCGCUGGUGGCGUUGUUCUUGUAUCAGAAGUCUAGCUGGUGUCUUUUUUUCCUUUCCCCCAACUGUUGCUGCAUGGUCACUAUAAAUUUCGUGUAAGAAACCUCGAGUAAAAGUACAGGAGUGUGACCUGAGACUGGAGCGCCGGCAGGUUUUGCCGUACAAGGCCCACGAUAAUAGUAGGCAGGCAUACAAUUCAAGUA